AUGAGCACACUAACAUCCCCGAGUCCCGCAACCUCUGUGGAUUUCGGGCAAAGGAGAAGCUUUGCUAGCUACAAUCCCGGAGGCAAGGCUGCCCUGGCAAUGGCCUCCUUCUCAGGCCCGCCAGAUAUCGUCAGGGCCUCAGUUUCCCAUCUGAUGUCUCGAACUCUAUCUCUGCCCUGCUCGACCGCCGCUCAAGCUUUCUCCCAAUUAAUACAACCCACGAUGAGGUUCCAAGUCGCCUUAGACGCGCUGUUACCCCUUCUCGAAUCUAGCUCAUCCUCGGCCGGACAGUUCCCCAGCAAUGAACUUGCUCAACGUAUAUUAGCAGCCUAUAUCCUGUAUUCCCUCUAUGCGCCUUAUCCGAUAUCUAUUAAUCCGUUCAAGACUGCCUUGUUUGCGACCUUUGUCAAGGAGAGGCGAUCGUCUAUCGUGGACGCGUCAACGACGGGGCCGAACGAGCAGCUAGUUUGGGUUCUGUGGAAGAUUCUGAAGGGAGAUGGCAAUGAUAUCGCACCUUACUCUCCGAGCACGCUGGCGCGUUCUCCCCUACCGCCGAAGCUUCGAGCAGCCCAUCUGAUGUUGUCAGAAGAUGAGCUCUCGGAUGCAUCACCGGUCUCGAGGUCACUCGUGCAACCGGACCUAACGAAUGAAACCCAAUCCCAUAAGGAGUCACUUGUUCGCGCUAUGUCCCUGCUACUGGCGGCGAGAGAAAGAGUACUAACUCUCUCAGAGCAGAAGGUUCUGAAUCCAUUGCUUCCGGCUCUUCUUUCUGCACCGGCUGAUAAUCUUACGAACUCUCAUAAUGACACGGACACGCGAGCUACUAAUGGCGGAGGCAUCUUCCUGACAUCCCUCGAUAUCGCUCCUAUCGUCUAUAAUAACCUGAAUAUCGCUUACUCGAUCAUCGUUUCCUUGCUUUCUGAUCCCCCUCCUUCCCGCGUCGUGGUUUCUGAUGCCACAUUUCCACCCUCCACAAGCACCAACGAAGCGGGAUCACCUUUGGGGGAAGCUUCCAUCGGGGAGAUGCUGGCCAAUUUCGGCACUCAACCCACACGAGAUGUCGAUCUCAGUCGAACUCGGUUCCUCGACGUCCUUGUUACGCUUCCUCCGACUUUCCCAUCCUUCGACCUCAUGGGCCGGCUUCUCAGAGAUCCCACCGUGAUUCCAAGCCCUUCCUCUGGCCCUGGGAUACAUAGCGAUUCGAAUGGCCCGGUUCCAAAGACCACUGUGGCAGACUUGAUCCGCAACGAUUACCUUGGGCCAUUUGUCCACUCUUGCAUCGAAUAUCUGGACGAAGCCGAGCGUGAAGAGAGGGAAGAAGGGAGUAGCGAAGACAAAUGGGCUGUAGGCGUUCGUCAUCUCUGCCGAUUUUAUCAUUCACUCAUCAAACUCUCCCUUGUCGACCCCACAUCAGACGCUGAUUCCGCUGAAAUGGCCCACUUCAGUCUCCGAAAUGCCAAGUUUGAGGAGGCCAUGGCGCUUUAUAAGGUCUUCGCCAACGCCAACUCAGAUCGAAUGGCCUAUCCUACUCCAGGUGGUUUUUAG